CUUCAACUUCAUUUUCCAGUAAACCAGCAGGGAAACUUUUCAUCCUGUUUGUCGACAUUUUCCUGGGUUGGGAAGCGAACUAAUCCAAGGAGAUAACGGGUUAGCCUUAAUCCGGCAGUGUUACUUAUCUCUCUUAAAGAGUUGAAGAGGUGUUUGCACUCGCUGGAGAUACAUACUUUGAUGUUCAGGUUAAGUCACUUUCUUUGAAAGCGAAAAAAAAACCUGUUGGGCUACGUAUUUUUUUAAUAAGUGCUACUCGCGAUGUAAUUACUAUAGACGGACCAGUCUAACCUGAUGAUGCAGGUGAGGUUUCAUUUCCUGCAAAGUUGCAGUAGAACUCAUCAGCAGCCUCUGAGAGCCACAUGAACUCCCUCAGACCGACACGAUGGCAGCAUGCGGAAGAAGAAGCAGACCCAAGUUGCUCUUUUUCCUCUUCGGUGCCACAUUGUUGGGGUAUCUUAUAUUUUUCCGACACAACUCGGGGGACGUGAACGCGACACGCCGACGGGAUGCCCCGGUGGAGCCCGAGCUGGAGGUGGCCGAUGAGGACCUGAAGAAACCCGUGUAUGAGAAGCCCCCCCCGGAUCUAAAUGCCCCCGGGGAGAUGGGCAGAGCCGUGAAGCUCAGUCUGAACGAGGAGGAGAGAAGGAAAGAGCAGGAAAGCAUCGACCGGCACCAGAUUAACGUGUAUGUCAGUGAUAAAGUGUCCCUGCACCGCAGGCUGCCGGAGAGGUGGAACCAGCUUUGCAGAGAUCUUCAGUACGAUUACAGGUCCUUGCCGACAACCUCUGUUGUGAUCGCCUUCUACAACGAGGCAUGGUCCACCCUGCUGCGGACUGUGCACAGUGUGCUGGAGACCUCCCCCGACAUCCUGCUCAAAGAGGUGGUGCUGGUGGAUGACUACAGUGACAAAGAUCAUCUGAAAAAGCCAUUAGAAAAGUACAUCUCCGGUUUGAGGAAGGUGCGGCUGAUCCGUGCCACCAAGAGGGAAGGCCUUGUGCGCGCCCGUUUGCUGGGGGCCUCCAUCACCACAGGUGAUGUGCUGACCUUCCUGGAUUGCCACUGCGAGUGUCACGAGGGCUGGUUAGAGCCUCUGCUACACAGAAUUAAAGAGCAGCCUUCGGCUGUGGUGUGCCCCGUCAUCGAUGUGAUCGACUGGAACACCUUCCAGUAUUUGGGCAACUCGGGGGAACCUCAGAUCGGAGGUUUUGAUUGGCGGCUGGUCUUCACCUGGCAUAGCGUCCCGCAGUCUGAGCAGAAGCGCCGACGCUCACCCACUGAUGUCAUCAGGUCUCCCACGAUGGCAGGCGGUUUGUUUUCUGUAAGCAAGAAGUACUUCCAUUACCUGGGGACGUAUGACACAGGGAUGGAGGUGUGGGGGGGCGAGAACCUGGAAUUCUCCUUCAGGAUUUGGCAGUGCGGAGGCAGCCUGGAGAUCCAUCCCUGCUCCCACGUAGGUCAUGUGUUCCCUAAAAAAGCCCCUUACUCACGGAGCAAAGCGCUGGCGAACAGCGUGCGAGCCGCUGAGGUCUGGAUGGAUGAAUACAAGGAGAUCUACUACCAUCGAAACCCCCACGCACGACUGGAGGCGUUUGGAGAUGUGACGGAGCGGAUGGAACUGAGAAAGAAACUGGGUUGCAAGAACUUCCGCUGGUAUCUGGAUAAUAUUUACCCCGAAAUUUCCAUCCCAAGCGAUCGACCGGGCAUGUUCGGAAUGCUGAAGAAUCGAGGCAAGAUGAACUACUGUUUUGACUACAACCCUCGAGAUGAGCACAAUUUGGCGGGAGAAAGAGUCAUCCUCUACCCCUGUCACGGCAUGGGCCAGAACCAGUUUUUCGAGUACUCUGUGGACGGUGAGAUCUGCUACAACACAAGAGAGCCUGCUGGAUGUGUCGCGGGUGACAACAUCAGCACCUACCUGACUGUCCAGCUCUGCAAGAAACGGGGACAGUCCGUACCUGCGGACCAGAAAUUUGUCCUCCGAGAGGACGGGAGUUUCUACCACGUCCAGAGUCAGAAGUGUGUGGAGGCAGAAGACCAGACCGACAACGGCACCCCAGCCCCCUGCCUCCGACCCUGCUCCAACAGUCUGCGUCAAAAGUGGUUUUUUGAAGAGAGAACAUAACGGUACAAACCCGUUUUUUCACCCAAGUGCCUUCAGUGCUAUGGACGGAUGUUCGUGGGAAAUCAAUUUUCAGAUGUUUACCUGCCCUGAAAGUGGAUCCACGGAGGACGUUUGUGUGUGUGUGUGUGUGAUUCCUUCCUGCAUCGACUUGUGCACGUCCUUGCUAGCUGGUUAUGAUGGACCGAUUGAGAACUGGAGCUGUGAUACUUGUUAGGUGAAGGACUUUGUACAGAGAGAGUAUAUGUUGCUGGGAGACCGGGGCCGACGGCAAUACACGUUUUUUUUUUGGUUUUUUUCUCUAGUCGAGGAGAAUGUGAUGAAUUACAGCUUAUCUGCACAACUAUAACUACAUGCUGGCGUUCCACUUCUUUGUUUUCCAUUCACCCACUCCACCACCCAUGCAGCCUUUCGAAACGGGGAUCAGCGACUGCGAGGCCCAGAAACAUUAGCCUCCAUUCGAACGAAAGCAACUGCUUCAUAAAGCUGUCAACAAACUCAGAGCCUCUCAUGAGCUGGAUUCCAGUGAGAUUCCAGAACCGUGUCAGGAGGCGUCACUUGAUGUUUUCAUCUCCUCCUGCAGAGGGCGCCAACACUCCUCUAAAUACAUUUAGUUUACUCACUGAAUGGUGUGUGUGUGUGUGUUAAAAAGAAGUGGGACAAAUGUUCAGGUAUUUCAUUGAGAAUCUUUUUAGGACAUUGUGAGCCCGUGCUGAUUAUUGACAUGACUGGUUUAUUAAAAAAAAAAAAAAAAGCCAUCGAUUGCAGGCAUUAUGCUUGUACCUUGUACCUCUUUAAUAUAUCCAUAUUACUACUGAUGGAAAGACACACCCCAGUGACUGAGUUCUGAAUGAACCGAGCAAUGCAAUGUUCUCCAUGUGAAAUGACCUGCUACUUGCAGCUGGCUCUUCUAGGCAUUUCUAGAUGUCUUUUUUUUUUUGCUUUAUUUUCAUCCUGUUCAAGUGAUAUGCAGUUUGAAAAGACUGAGUCAUAGCCAUAUUUUAUGAAUGUAUCUACUUUAUGUGGUGUCAACUCUGUUUUUAAUAAUGUGUUUUAUAGAUGUGACCAAUUUGUGUUACUUCAGAGCUCUCAGACAUAUUGCAACUCUAGUCACAACUUAGUGGGAAUUUUUUGACAUAAAGGGGACCUAUUAGGCUUAAUUGAGUUAUUUUUUAGAUAAUGAAGGAUUUGUUUUUAUUACAUCAAUGUGGCAUUUUACAAUAUCUCUCAUCUUACUGUCUUUGUGAACCUGAUCCUCUGUACUAAGUCUAUACUACCAACAAUCCUCUCCUUUAAAUUAUGCUGAAGCUGCAGAGUUGAGUCACCUAGUUCUUGUAGUUUGACACCAGCAUCAUUGUCUUGAUCAUAUAGGAAUAUGCAGUAGAAGCAGAAGACUUAAAGAACCUGCAAUAUAGACAAGAAAGACAGCCGGAGACUCAAACCUCAGUCGAUCUUUGACAGGAUCAUCAAUCUGCAAAACAAAAAGUAAUUUAAAAUUUGCAUUUUUUCAAAAAUUGUUCUCUCAAAAUGAGUCAAGGAUAUUUAAUUUAAUGGAUAUUUUAAAAAAAAGCAUGUUUUUCACCUGUAAAGCAGAAAAUAGUAACAAAGUACAACAUGUAAACUUUAUCGGGAGUAAAGAUGCCACAAUCUCUAGCUUAGUGGUUCCUCACUGUGAUUGAAAAAGCCGUGAAUUCCUUUAUCUGGUGCGUCAUGGUGUCAGUGGCCUUUCCCCAAGGACGUCUGGAUCUGUUACAUUGCUUGGAUUUAGAAAAAAAUUGCCCCCUCUUAAACACUUUCGAGUUUUAAUUCAUUUGCUUUAAUUAUUCCAAUCACAGGCGCGGUAAACUGAUGUGUAGCAAUUUAUGGAAAAGCUUAAUGGAUCCCCUUUCAUUUUGCUGAAAGCUUCGACACUGAAAUCUCAAGAUUGGUUUCUUGUCCUUUGUAUUAUUUAUCUACCUGGAACCUUCAGAAAGUGCCUGAUAUUUGUGAAAAACCAUGUUUUCUGACGUGAUUUCGGAAUUGAGUGAAGCGCGCUGACUGUGUACUGCGGACAGCCACAGGUGGUGAGCUGCACCCUGGAGGGCUGCCCUGAUUUCGCUUCUCUUUUGUCCCUCCAUCAGAAUCAGACGGCCGUAGAUCCCGGCGAGCCGGAGGCGCGGUCGCUUGUGUGGCCGUCCCUCGGGCUCCGGGGAAAAAAAACACGGCGGAGGAGUUAACAGUUGUCGGUGUCUCCAGAGCGCCGGGACGCCAGAUGGCUCCCUGAUUGAUUUUCUGGUGUUUUCCCAUUCCUUCCAUCACCUCCUCUUCCUUCCGGUGUCGAAGGUGUGGGGUGGAGGACUUAUCCGUUGGGCUCUCUGCGGCCAAAUAUUCGUCAGACGAGCACUUUUGUCCGCACGUGGCCUGAUGUUUGAUUUAUAACCGGAAGUCGCAGAGAGUACAGUUUUGGACGGCACAAGCUGAUAAUGGAGGAGAGUGAAUGAAGCAAUUUGCGACCUCUUCCUCACCAUUAACCUUCACAGGCUGCGGACCCAUCAGUCUCAAAGGAGUUCCGUUAGAAACUGAUGUGAGGGAACGAUUGCGCUGAAAUAGAUUUCCACUGUUGAUUCAGAAGGUAAACUCACAGUACCGCGAAUGGGAGCCAGAAAAAUACAGCUUUUUUUUUUUUCCAGUCCUUGUGCUGGAAAUGGAGCAGAAUUAGAAUCACUUGAUUUGCCAAAUGUAGUGAAAGUGACGGCGACAUUGUUGGAACACGGUUACAACUGAGCUCCCAUUGUACAAGACACAUUUAUUUGCCUCUUUGAGCAUACAGCGACUUCUUAUCCAGUGCAGAGCUUGGAAAAUAGCGUGAGAUAUUGGGAGAGAUGGAAGAAAGCAUAUUGAAAUGCGGAUUUAAUUCCUGGCUUCAUGCUUCCAGUCGUCCAUAAAGGCUUUUUGUUUGGAACGUGAAUAGGAAAACAUUGUGGCGGGCAGCGCGAGGUAUUAAGUGAAAUGGACCAAAUGCCCAGUGGGGAGAUUGAGGGCUCCACAAAAGCAGUGAAGGGCCGUCUUUGUCACGACUUUGUAAUGGGUGGAUCAGAGCCGUCGAUCUGAAGAGAGUCCCAGGGCGGCUCACACACUCUUUGUGUCUUGUCCUGCGAGUGAGGACUUCAGUGCGCGCCAUCCAUGACAGACCAGAAUCACCAGGAUCAGGUGAAAUUGCCCUUUUAAUGCAGCACUCAUGCUUUAUGUAUCGAACACUUAAGAAGUGACAGCUUUUCCAUUUCCAUCACUUUAUGUCUUUAGCCUGAGUGCUGCAUAAAUAUUCUAUCCCGUUAUUAAAAAGGGUUAUUUAUUGUGUCCCAUCCCCUCGCUAUCUGUUAUUCCAGCCACGUCCGGCAUUGUAAAACAUUUUUACUGUGGUGUUAUUUUGUAUGCUAAUUUGAUAUUGUACACGCGUCGGCAGUAAAAUUGAUAUUUCCCAGUCUAGCAACGGCGUCUCAGCGGCAGGUCAUGCGGAGGGUUUUUUUUUAUAUAACCCGCCGUCGUAAAAGUACCUUCUUCCAGGGAUCCGUUGGAGCACUUCAACUUGUAAAGUGGGCUGAUUGUAUUGUCGCCCAGCCUUAAUGAACCAUGCAGAGCUCUUUUUACAAUGGCAUGCACAUAUCUCCUGUUGGUAAUGGGGGAAGCAGUUCAGCUCUUUAAAUGGUAAACAUGCACUAAUAAUGAUGCUGGAAUUCAGAACUGUGUGUCUGGUGUAUUAACGCUGUCAGUCAGUAACUGCGGCGGCCUUAUUGUUAAUGGGAAAGAGAGGGAUGUAAUUACCAGUGUUUUUAUAUUUCUCAGUUCUAAUAAACGAAUCGCAAUUCGUGCCUGUG